AUGCUUCUACAACAGAACUGGGUUUCUCCUCACUGGGCAUGGCAGAGCCUGGGGAAGUCCUUCCUUUUGUUUGUUUUCUUAAUGUUACAAACGACUGAUCUGGAAGCCAGGAGAGGUCAUCAGUUUAUCUGGAAAACAGGUCACUGGGGCCGGUGCGUGGGUGACUGCGGCUCGGGGGGCCUUCGGAGUCGGGCCGUCUGGUGCACCCACGCCGAGGGCUGGACGACCUACCCCGCCAACUGCGAGCAGAAGGAGAAACCCGAGAGCCAGAGGAGGUGCUUUAAAGUCUGCGACUGGCACUUGGAGCUGUUUGAGUGGGAGGUUUCGGGAUGGGAGAAGUGCGGGCUGGUCCCCACGGCUGGAGGUGAGGCGGGAGCCGGGGGCUGCGUUACCGCCCAGCACGGGCUGCAGCGCCGAGGGGUCCGCUGCCUCCAGAAGUGGAACAGAACCGUCGUGGCCCACGAAAUCUGCGAGUACUUCACUCCACAGCCUCCCACCGAGCAAGCCUGCCUGGUGCCCUGCCCACGGGACUGCGUUGUCUCCCAGUUCUCCAGCUGGUCCCAGUGCGGCACGGGCUGCGCCAAGAGCUGGCAGCACAGGACGCGGGCCCUCAUCGCUCCCCCUCUCUAUGGGGGUGCCCCCUGCCCCAACCUGACUGAAUCCAGGGCUUGCAGUGCUCCCACCUGUCCUCUGGGAGAGGAGGAGCACACCUACAGCCUCCGUGUAGGGCCCUGGGGUCAAUGCCAGCUUCCCCAUCCUGGAGAGGUGGAACUGUCGGGAAGGACUAUGUGGGAUUUGGGUUCGGAUUCUGGAGAGAGAAACACGUUUGGAUUUCAAAGCUCUGAAGCCCGGCACCGUCCUGGGGAGGUGGAGAUUGGGUACCAAAGCAGGCAGGUCAGGUGUGUAAGGAGCGAUGGAAAAAACGCGGCGUUGAGCCUCUGCAUCCAAGAUCCUGUCCCUUUGACCUUCAAGUCCUGUGUCAUCUCUAAAGACUGUGAAACAUCUGAGUGGUCCCCAUGGAGCCCCUGCUCUCAGACCUGUGCCUGGGGAGACCUCGCACCGGGAUUCCGGAGCCGGCACCGCAGUGUACGGAGCGUGGCCCUGGGAGCUGGGAAGCAGUGCCCGGAGCUGGAAGAGAGGGAAGCUUGCAGCCUGGGAGGGAAGGAGCUGCUGCAGCCUUGCCCCAGGUUUGCCUGGAGAACUUCUGAAUGGAAAGCUUGCCAAGUGUCCCUCCUCCUCGACCAGCAGGAGCCUCAGCACCACAAGCAGAUAGGACUUUGUGGAGGUGGCAUCCAAACCCGGGAGGUCUUCUGUGCCCAGAUCACCCUGGAGCUUUGGAUGAACCGACUGAAGGAAGUUACCAGACCAGUUGAUGGGAAGCUAUGCCUGGGUCCUGCUCCCUCCAGCUCCCAGCUCUGUAACCUGCCGUGCCCCUCUGAGUGUGUGGUGUCCUCCUGGUCACCCUGGGGUCCCUGCCUUCACGAGAACUGCCUGGACCCCAACAGCAGAAGAGGUUUUAGAAUGAGACACAGACAAGUGAUUGUGGAGCCAGUGGGCACCCUGACAGAUUGUCCUCAUUUAACUGAAUCCAUUCCCUGUGAAGACCCAGUGUGUUUUGAGUGGAUUGUUUCAGAAGGAAUGUGUGUGACUCACCGUGGGAAGUGUGGACCUGGAACCCGCAUGCUGCAAGCUGUAUGCAAGAACAAGAAAGGUGAAGAAGUCCCACAUCACCUCUGCUCAGACCUGCCCCGACCUGAAGUUGUGGCUUGUGAAAUCCCUUGUGCAACAGACUGUGUCAUCAGUGAGUGGUCCCCAUGGUCCCCAUGUUCCCACUCAUGCUCCAGUAGAAAUGCUGAGGGCAGUCAAAGCAGGAGUAGGUCCAUCUUGGCCCUUCCAGCUGAGGGUGGAAAAGCCUGCCCUCCUGACAGAGCCCUGCAGGAGCAUCGUGCCUGUAAUGAUCACCCAUGUGUACAUUUCUUCUGGGAAACUUCUCCCUGGAGCUCUUGCUCUGAAGAUGUGCUGGUGACUGCACUCAAUGCAACCAUGAACUGGAGCAGAGAAAACUCUUGUGGUGUGGGCAUACAGACAAGGAAAGUCUUCUGCAUGAAGAGCAGUUCUGGCCAGGUCACACCUAAAAGAUGUCCAGAGUCCAUCAGCCCUGAGGCUGUGCGGCCGUGUCUGCUCCCCUGCAAGAAGGACUGCAUUGUUACACCUUUCAGUCAGUGGACUCGCUGCCCAACAGCAUGCCAGCCUGGCAAUGCCACUGCAGUUAAGCAGUCCAGGUACAGGAUUAUUGUUCAGGAUGCUGCCAAUGGGGGACAGGCAUGUCCAGACACCUUGUAUGAGGAAAGAGAAUGUGAAGAUAUUCCCAUCUGUCCAGUUUAUAGGUGGAAGACCCAUCGCUGGGGUCAGUGUGUGCUGGUUCCAGAUGUGGUGAAGCAGCCUGGGCCAGGGCAGAGGGAGGCUUGUGGACAUGGGCUGCAGGCAAGGGCUGUUACGUGUCUCUCAGAGCACAACGACUCCGCUGAUGUUGGUGACUGCGUGCGGUGGGCAGGAGCUAUGCCACCUCUUGUACAGGACUGUCUCAUUCCCUGCAAAGAUGACUGCACAUUCACCCCCUGGUCUAAAUUUACAGCGUGCUCAUCUGGUUGUGGAUCAACUAGAAGCAGGAGACGGUCACUCACAGGGCGAAGCAGGAAGCGAGACAAAUGCCAGAACGCUGAGGUUUAUCCUCAAGUGGAAACAGAGCCGUGUCCCUGCCAGGAGUUCACUUCCCAGCCCCAUGGGAACUGGUCUGACUGCGUUGUUGGUGGAGGUGCCUCCCAAACACGGCCGGGAUCCCCAGAGUCCCACUCGGGUGCCCAGGAGUGCGGGCAGGGUGUGCGUCUGCGCGCUGUCGCCUGUUACGACGAGACGGGCAAACUGGUGGAACCAUCUCACUGUAGCACUUCAGGUUACAUUGAAGAAUCUUGCACGGUCCCUUGCCCGUUUGAUUGCAAAUUGAGUGAUUGGUCCAGUUGGUCCCCCUGCAGCUCUUCCUGUGGACCAGGGGUGAAAGUCCGAUCGAAGUGGCUUAAGGAGAAACCUUACAAUGGAGGUCGUCCCUGCCCCAAGCUGGAUCUCAAGAAUCAGGCUCAGGUGUACGAGGCAGUCCCAUGCUACACCGAGUGCAAUCAGUAUUCCUGGGUAGUAGAACCCUGGUCUCUGUGCAAAAUCAACAGCGAGCAGAAUUCCCUGCACUGUGGAGAAGGAAUACAAACGAGGGAAGUCAGGUGUGUGAGCAGUGCUGAGGACCACGGAGGGGAAACGGUGCCAAACACGCUGUGCAAUCAGGAUGAAAUCCCAGAUGUGAUGCAGAAGUGCAGCUUGUACUGUCCCAGUGAGUGUGCCAUGUCUGACUGGGGACAGUGGAGCAAGUGUCCACAGGUGUGUGACCCCAGUGUUAUGCAAACCCGAACUCGACAAGUGCUGAGGUCUUCUGUCAAUGCAAAGCCCUGCCCUGAAGAUUCCCAAAUGAAGCCAUGUAUUCUUAACCAGAACUGCUUCCAGUAUCAGUACAGCCUAACAGGAUGGAGCGGGUGCCAGCUGGGUGCCAAUGCCACCUGUGGGCACGGGGAGCGGCGGCGGAUCCUCAGCUGUCAGCGCAGUGAUGGGGCCAUCGUCAGCACUCAGCUCUGCCAGAGGCUCCAGCUGGAGAAGCCCGUGCAGACGAGCAGUCGGUGCGUGGUGGACUGCACGGUUGACUGCCGGCUCUCGGCGUGGUCAGCCUGGUCCCAGUGCUCCCACACCUGUGGCACUGGCGGCCAGAUGGUGCGUGGCCGCUCGGUGGUCCUGCAGGCGGUGGGUGAGGGCAGACCCUGCCCGCAGCAGCUCACCCAGCACCGCAGCUGCCCGGUGAAGCCCUGCUACAGCUGGCUGCUGGGGCCGUGGUCUCCCUGCAGAGUCCAGGGUGGCCAGUGUGGAGAUGGAUUGCAGGUCCGCAACCUCACGUGUGUAGUGCAUGAUGCAUCUGUUUCUGCUCCAGCCAAAGCAGUAGAAAAUGCUUUCUGUGGUGAGCUGCCAUCAAAAGAGAGUGUGCUGCAGUUACCAUGCUCUGUGCCUUGCCCAGGUGACUGCCACCUGUCAGAGUGGUCAGACUGGAGUUCCUGUGAGCUCACCUGCAUCAAUGGCAGGAGCUUCGAGACCAUGGGGCGCCAGUCCCGAUCCAGGGCUUUUCUCCCUCAGUCUCCUGAAAACCAGGAGAGCUGCUCCGGACAAGAGAUGGAAACACGGCCUUGCUCAGGAGGGAAGUGUUAUGACUACGUGUGGAAAAGCAGCCUCUGGAGGGACAAUGUACGCACGGUGUGGUGUCAGCGCUCCGAUGGAAUCAAUGUCACAGGUGGGUGUUCCCUUGGGACAAAACCCACGGAGAUCCGGCGCUGCAGCCCGGCGUGCACGAAGCCCUUCUCCUUCUGCACACAGAGAGGAGUCUGCGGUUGUGAGCGAGGAUAUACAGAAAUAAUGAGCUCAGAUGGUUUCCUGGAUUACUGCAUGAAGGUACCAGGUUUGGAAGAUAAGAAAGCUGAUGUUAAGACCAUAGCUGGAAAAAAUAAACCUGUCAACUCAAAAAUGCAUGACAUUUUCAAAGGAUGGUCUAUUCAACCUUUUAAUCCAGAUGGGAAACUGAAGAUUUGGGUAUAUGGAGCAUCAGCUGGUGGGUUCCUCAUCAUAGUUUGCCUGAUUUUUACAUCCUACCUGAUGUGCAAAAAAACCAAGCAGCAUCAAAGCACACCUCCACAGCAGAAGCCUCUGACCUUAGCCUAUGAUGGAGAUAUUGAUAUGUAA